GUACAUGUAUUCUAGAAUAUUGUGGAAUGAUCUUUGUAUGUGUUAUUGCAUUAUAAUAACGUCAGAUAUUAUAAGUUCAAUGUGUCAAGAGCUUAUUCAGUUCCUAUCCAUCAAUACUGCCAUUGCAAAGAAUAAAUUUGGAUUCGAUCAGCAGUCCACUUGCUUUGUACAGUACGUUACUGUAAGGUACAUAUCUUUAUUGGCAUUACAAUGUCUUCAGACGACAAGAUCGAUUUUCCUACUUAUGUUCAAAUGAUUUUGAAAGAUGAACAACAGAGAAGUGACAAAUAUUUGAGUGGUGAGGACUUGAAUCAUCUUUUAGAUGAAAGCAAUGCCGACACAAAACAAAGGGAGACUAUUCUAGGAUAUCCCUCAUUUCCAUUAUACAGAGACUUGGGGACUAUGCUGAAGUUAUGGAUGGAUAACAGGUCUUGUCCAGUCUUGGAUCUACCCAAAUAUGACCUUUUAGAUGAAAAGACUUAUGUUGAAUCUAGGUUAGCAAAGUUCAGGUCCAUAACACCUUUACUGGAGGGGCUAGAGACAUUAUGGGACAUUUGGGGUGUGGAGGAGAGGAAGUUUAGGAUCAGAGAUAUCCUGGUGACAUUGGGAAAGAGAGGUUUAAUGGACUUAUUUGGAGUGCGGAAUACUGUAGGAACCCGAGAAAUAUUCCCACCUGCAAGGAAAGUCAUGGAGGAAGCGUUCACAAAGAAACACUCACCCAGUGCUGAGCUGUCCGUGGGAGCGAGAGCCUUGGCUAAACACCAUCACAGAGACCAGACAGAUUCCUGGUGGGGCAUCUGUACCGGAAAUGAGAAGGCUAAGAACAAAAACGCCUUGGAUAACAUGAACAAAGUGUUAGACAAUGCUACCUGGAUCAAUAUUCACUGGCUCCCUCAAGACGUCAUCAUUAUGGAAGCUAGACAUGGAGAUGGUUAUGGAGCCAGAUGGAGUCCUGAAGGCAAGGAGUUUCGUGGGUUCCUGGAACCUCAGAUGGUGGAUGGUCACAUUGUGGGUUGGCGACAUUGAUAUCUGAACUGUAGGGCCAUGUUAUCAUUUGGUGGAAAGCAUGAAAUAGAAGUUCCCUUCUUUGGGAACAGGCAGUUCUCUUCCUCAAGUCCCUGUGCUAGAGGAACUAUUCCUCUUCCUCAAGUCCCUGUGCUAGAGGAACUUUUUAAAGAUCUUCCUCGAAGGGAAUAGACAACUUCACAAUGAAACUCCACAUUCUAGAGGAAAAAGAACUGAAAAUUGUCAUGGAGACCGCAUCACUGCUGAAACUAUGACAACUCCUCUUUAUUGGUGGCCAAUCCACAAGGGGUCACAGUAACUGUAAAAUAGGUCAUUCUCAGGGAGGAAAAGGCAACUAUGAAUGUCAGUCUCAUGUAGGAGAGGAGGAUAACUAUGUAAUUAUUGGCCACCUGCCAAACCACAUGAGUUUUCUCUGGUACUGAGGUUUUUUCUCAUAUAUGACACCUCACAUGCUUCCAGCUUCCAUCUGGACCAACAGGAGUGAUUACUGAUUAGUAUAAGUUGAUGUAAUUUGUUUUGCAAUUGUUGUCAAAUGAAUUAUAGUUAAAGAAAAAUAUGUACAUGUGAUGGCAAUCUAAUUAAAAUUAGACUUGUUAUUUCCAUUCCUCUACGACACUCUACGAUACACUGCAGUGUAUCGUAGAGGAAUGGCGAUAACAAGUCUAAUUUCAAUUAGAUUGAUGUGAUGGAGGCCCCACUCUGGGGGGGGGGGGGGAAAUGACACAGGGGAUGAAAAGACCUCUGUUACAGAGCUUUCAUUUAACCCCAGUGGAAGAUAGAAACUAAUGCAAUCAUAAUUUAGCCCAAUAUUUUAAGUGGGGAUGUUUAAUUAAGAUAGCUAUUGAAAAAAAAUUAUGUUUAGAGUAACUUCAGUAAAAACUGUGUUGCAUUUUCCCAAAGCAAUGAAUGGCAAAGUCUAAUCAAGUUACUUCAGGUGUAAUUGUUCAACACAUGUUCUUUUACCAAUCAUGGGAUGAACUGUUUUUAAAUUUGUUCACCUGUGCUUCUAUAUACAUGUACUGGUAUUCAAGUAAAACAUUUCAAACUAUUUAUUAUAGAUAAUGUUUUUUUCUUGAGAUACAAUAUUUCACUAUUGUCAAUGUGUUUUAUUACUGAUGAAUAGUAGUAACCUAAAAAACAGUGUUGUGAUAUUUUUAUAGAAAAUAAUACUUGUUGAAUUGAAAUAAAAACAUACAAAAUCAAUA